AUGGUUUCCGAUCUCACAACCCAAGGAUUCUUGGCUGCGUUGAAGAGAUUUGUUGCUAGGCGAGGGAAACCAGCGAUGAUCAUGUGUGAUAAUGGGACAAACUUCGUGGGUGCUCGACGGGAGCUUGAUGAGCUCGCUACGCUGUUCAAAAACCAGCAUUCCCAGCAGUCUAUUGCGGGUGAUGCAGCGGACAUCGGAAUUGAAUUUAAAUUCAUUCCAGUCAAAUCUCCAAACUUUGGCGGCUUGUGGGAGGCGGCUGUAAAGUCGAUGAAACAGCAUCUGCGGAAAACAAUCGGUUUGAAAUCUAUCACGCCCGAAGAGUUGAACACGGUGUUCGCGCAAGUCGAAGCAUGUCUUAACUCAAGACCGAUUACUCAAAUGAGCAGUGAUCCUAGCGAUCUCAGCGUGCUAACCCCUGGACAUUUCCUUGUCCAGCGACCACUGACAGCGGUAGCAGAACCGUUGCUACGAGAUGUUCCAGAAAAUAGGCUAUCCAGGUGGCAGCAGGUUCAGAACUUUGUUCAACGGAUCUGGUCCAGAUGGUCAACCCAAUACCUGUCAGAUCUACAUAACAGGACGAAGUGGACGCAGCGGAGGAACAACUUGUUCAUCGGGACGAUGGUCCUAAUCAAGGAGGACAAUCUGCCACCUCUUAGGUGGCUUCUCGGACGAGUAACUCACAUUCAUCCGGGUGCUGAUGGGAACGUCAGAGUUGUCACCAUCAGGACAAAGGACGGGAGCAUUGUCCGGGCAGUCUCGAAAUUAUGUAUCUUGCCCUUCAAAGAAAACGAAGAACCGCAGCCCGCUGGGGAGAACUAG